AGAGAAUAUGGCCAAUAAUACUUUACCCGAAAUUGAAGCCAUAAAUUUGGUCCAAGAAGAAGUAGUUCGUUCAACUUCGUGUACAUCAUACGAAGAGCAGAUAUUCUAUUCGGACUCAUCAAUCAGCAAUGAAUCCGAGAAGAAAGAAAGACGGGAUAAUGAAGACACAAAAGAGGAAUAUUUCUUAGGAAAACCAAGGAGUAAUUUCUUUAGACCAAGAACACCACUUCAGUCGGGGCCAUCAACUCUGAAUUCAGCAAUCGAAAACAUGGUGGAUUCAAAUAACUUGAGAACAUUAGCAAGCGACUUAUCGAGAAUGACAAAACUUCAAAUUCUUUGGAAUAACAGGGAGGAAGAUUACGAAUCAGAAAUCGAAUUUGGAGGACAUGGAUAUAAUAAUAACGCGUUGAUUAAUAUUUUUGAAACAAAUAUACCUGACCCACAAGGAUAUGACGUUGAUGAAGAUGCUCUUAAUAGAGCAGAAUCGGAACUACUGAAGGACAUAGUUACAGUCCCUGAAGAGGAAGACACAACAAGAUCCAAAUUAGAAAAGUUGGAGGAAGACUCAUAUAAUCUCAAGAAACGCCUAAGUAGGAUCGAAGGGCGAGAAGGUUGUAUUUUUAUAGCUCUUCAUUCUCUCCAAGAUAAGGUGACCACAUUCAUCAAUAUGGUUGAGCCAGAAAACCUGAAAAAAUGGUUGGUAAAUAUGGAAUCGGAAGUAUUAAGGCAGAGAAUAAAGGAAAAUAAAAACUUAGAGGAAAUACAAACAUAUCGAGCAUUAGCAAAAAAGAAAAUGGACAGAAUCGACGAAUUGGAGAAACAAAUACAAUGGUGUGAACUAGCAUUGGAUAGUGCAAUGGAAGAACGUGCAGAAAUGUUCAAGAUAUUGGAACGUAGAACGGAAGAACUGGAGGAAAAGAGAACUGCAAUCAAUAAAUUGAUGUCAACGAAUUUCGAAGAAAACAACGAUGAAAACAAAGAUAAAAAAGAAAACGAAGAUGAGAACGAAGAUGAGAACGAAGAUGACGACGAAGAUGAAGAUGAAGAUAAUAGGAACUGGAAUGAAAAUGAGGACGAGGAGUUUUAUUUCUAUAUUUAA